AUGGAAAAAAUCAAUGACAGCUCAGAGUAUAGCUUUAUCUUGGUGGGUUUCUCUGAUUGCCCCAAGCUUGAGAUGGUGCUCUUCAUAGUAAAUUUUAUUUUGUAUUCAGUGGCUGUGCUGGGAAAUUCAACCAUAAUUUUUCUGUGUAUAUUAGACCCUCGACUUCAUACACCAAUGUACUUCUUUCUGGCAAAUCUUUCUUUUCUAGAUCUCUGCUUCAGUACUAGUUGCAUCCCACAGAUGUUAGUCAACCUAUGGGGCCCAGAUAAGACUAUCAGCUAUGCUGGUUGUGCUGUCCAACUUUUCUCUUUCCUUUCCAUUGGAGGAGUUGAGUGCAUCCUUCUUGCUGUCAUGGCAUAUGAUUGCUAUGCUGCAGUCUGCAAACCUUUGCACUAUAUGGUUAUUAUGCACUCCUAGCUGUGUUUACAUCUGUUGGCUGUGGCCUGGGGGAGUGGACUGGUCAAUGCCAUUGUCAUGUCACCACUAACAAUGAGUCUUUCCAGAUGUGGCCGCCGCAGAGUUAACCAUUUUCUUUGUGAAUUACCAGCACUGAUCAAGAUGGCAUGUGUGGAUGCUCGAGCAGUGGAAAUGCUAUCCUUUACCUUUGCCGUUCUUAUUGUCCUACUGCCCCUCAGUCUUAUUCUUGUCUCCUAUGGCUACAUCGCUGCAGCAGUGCUAAGGAUCAAGUCAGCAGCUGGGAGAUGGAAGGCUUUCAAUACCUGUAGCUCCCACCUCACAGUGGUCUCCCUGUUUUAUGGAAGCAUCAUUUAUAUUUAUAUGCAGCCAGGAAACAGCUCUUCCCAAGACCAAGGGAAAUUUCUCACUCUCUUCUAUAACCUUGUGACUCCAAUGCUGAAUCCGCUCAUCUACACUUUAAGAAAUAAGGAGGUAAAAGGGGCACUGAAGAAGGUUUUGUGGAGGAAAUAA